AUUUCGAGGAGAAUGAUUCCUGCCGGUUGAAAUAUUCUUUGGCUUCUGCGAGACCUCCAGACUCCGACAGAGGCCUUUGCAAGCAUAAUGCUCUCGAGUCUCCGCUCUAUAAUACCUUCGUGCCCCCACGGCCUCCGCUUGCUCAGGACUGUCCUAGCUGUGGAAGCGAGACGCUGCAAAGACGUGAGAAAAAGAGGUGCACACAAACCGCUGCGUUGCAGGAUCGCACACCACUGCGUCGCAUUACAGUCGUGAGCGAUAGAAGUCGGACGAGUUUGUCUACAAAUGCGCGAGCAGAUACGCAGAGCAGAAAACAUCGCAAGCGAGUGAGUGUUGGCUUUUUGAGGUCUGUCCUCGGGCUGUCGAGCAGAAUGUGUGAAAGCAGAGCAUCACGAGAACCAGAGGGGAAUGCAAUGGAGCACUGCAGUACGUCAGGCUCAUAUGGCAGUGAUAUGCCAAACAAGAGAUUCGCUGGAGUUCUCAAGAACCUGCCUGUGAACUAUGGCCCCAUGCCACAAGGGAAGCGAGCAGACCUGAGUUUGAACUGUCAAGAGGGGGCGCUCUUGGAAGAUGAGUGCCGGAGCCCGGUUUCCCCUUUCAGCCCCUCCUUCAAAGGCCCCUAUGGAGUGCCUCUGGAGUACGGGGUCCCUUUCAGUGCCAAGAACCCAUUGGUACAAGAUCUUCUAGCGUCAAGCCACGAGUGUGCACACGAGUUUGAGAGCAAAGCCACCGCGUUUGGCUGGGUCUCAUCUAUCUUGCUCUUUCCGCUGGGCAUCCUUUGCCUCUUCAUCUUCACCACAAACCGGUGCAUACACUGCAAAGUGCACAAGGACAGCCUGUUCUUGUGAGGCAGCAAAAGUGGCCCAAGUUGAGGACCCCUGCAACCCCAACUCUUGCGCGAAGUUCUGCUUGACCGCGGACCAGUAGCUAGUUCCGGGAUAGAGGGCUGGGCAUCCUUCAGUCAACGUGUUUCAGUAUGUAUCGCUUAGCACUCAGGCAUUGAAAGACGGGCAAAACCAUGUUCGCUUCGACUCAGUGUUAGCCAUUUUUUUAGCUCUGACAGAGACCCUGCGCUUUAAGUCGUGCUUUCGGUUGGUCUUAGUUGAAAAGCUUUAGGCAGCUGCUGUCAAGUAAUAGCACCCGCUCAACAUUGUAACAUAGAAAUUCGUUGGACACGGUCGCCAAUUCUUUGUCAAAAUAGUGAGCUUAGAGAAGGUCGAAUCCUAUUGGACGACAAGCGUAGAGCUCCCAAGCGGUGCUUGGUCUCGGAACUACUUUUCUUGCUGCGCAGUCUGGUCAGUGGCGGUGACUCUUAUAGCCUGAAAGGACAGUCCGAUCGAGACAUCCAGCUGCUGCGCGCAGUUUUAACCCUCAGUGCGACAUGCAGCCGUUUCUUCUGAAAAGCAAGUACCAAUUUCAC